CUGCCGAAGAUCUCGCGGGAGUUAGCCGACAAAUCCCGCAAGCGCAGGCCCGGGCUGGCUCUGCGGCUCUCGCGAUAUUUGAGCGAGACUGCUUCCUUCCUUCUUCCCUUGCCAGUCCGCCUGUCUUCCUCCCCCUCUUCCCUGCCCGGCCUCCCCUCUCCUUCCCCCGCCGGCCCCCUCCCCGCAGGGAUAAUAUGGUCUCCGGCGAUGGACGCCCCAAAAGCAGGAUAUGCCUUUGAGUACCUUAUUGAAACAUUAAAUGACAGUUCACAUAAGAAGUUCUUCAAUGUAUCUAAACUUGGAGGCACCAAGUAUGAUGCUCUGCCUUACUCAAUACGGGUUCUGUUGGAAGCUGCUGUACGAAAUUGUGAUGGCUUUUUCAUGAAAAAGGAAGAUGUUGUGAACAUUUUAGACUGGAAAACCAAACAAAGCAAUGUUGAAGUGCCCUUUUUCCCUGCCCGUGUUCUUCUUCAAGAUUUUACUGGAAUACCGGCAAUGGUGGAUUUUGCUGCUAUGAGGGAGGCAGUGAAAACUCUUGGAGGUGAUCCUAAGAAAGUCCAUCCUGCUUGUCCAACAGAUCUGACAGUUGACCAUUCUUUACAAAUUGACUUCAGUAAAUGUGCAAUACAGAAUGCGCCAAACCCUGGAGGUGGUGACCUGCAAAAAGCAGGAAAGCUCUCUCCACUUAAAGUGCAGCCUAAGAAGCUUCCCUGCAGAGGCCAGACUACCUGCCGAGGAUCUUGUGACUCUGGAGAACUAGGCCGAAACUCAGGAACAUUUCCUUCACAGAUUGAGAAUACACCCAUCCUGUGUCCUUUUCAUUUGCAACCAGUGCCUGAACCUGAAACAGUGUUAAAAAAUCAAGAAGUAGAAUUCGGCAGAAAUCGAGAGAGGCUUCAGUUUUUUAAGUGGAGUUCAAGAGUUUUUAAGAAUGUGGCAGUAAUCCCUCCUGGAACUGGAAUGGCUCAUCAAGUAAACUUAGAAUAUUUGUCAAGAGUGGUAUUUGAAGAAAAGGACCUCCUCUUCCCAGACAGUGUAGUCGGCACAGAUUCACAUAUAACGAUGGUGAAUGGUUUAGGGAUUCUGGGGUGGGGGGUUGGAGGCAUUGAAACAGAAGCAGUUAUGCUUGGUCUGCCAGUUUCUCUUAUUUUACCAGAGGUUGUUGGAUGUGAGUUAACUGGGUCAUCAAACCCUUUUGUUACAUCCAUAGAUGUUGUUCUUGGCAUUACAAAGCACCUCAGGCAAGUAGGAGUGGCUGGGAAGUUUGUUGAGUUUUUUGGAAGUGGAGUUUCACAAUUAUCUAUAGCUGAUCGAACUACAAUAGCAAACAUGUGUCCGGAAUAUGGUGCUAUCCUCAGCUUUUUCCCUGUGGACAAUGUGACAUUAAAACAUUUAGAGCAUACAGGUUUUAGCAAAGCCAAACUCGAGUCAAUGGAAACAUACCUUAAAGCUGUGAAAUUGUUUCGAAAUGACCAGAAUUCUUCAGGAGAACCUGAAUACUCCCAGGUGAUCCAGAUUAAUCUGAAUUCAAUAGUUCCAUCUGUUAGUGGUCCAAAAAGACCUCAGGAUAGAGUUGCUGUGACAGAUAUGAAAAGUGAUUUCCAGGCUUGCUUAAAUGAAAAGGUAGGAUUUAAAGGCUUCCAAAUUGCAGCUGAAAAACAAAAGGAUAUUGUCUCCAUUCAUUAUGAAGGAAGUGAAUAUAAGCUAUCUCAUGGAUCAGUGGUCAUUGCUGCAGUUAUCAGUUGUACCAAUAAUUGCAAUCCAUCUGUCAUGCUUGCUGCAGGUCUUUUGGCUAAAAAGGCUGUGGAAGCUGGUCUGCAUGUUAAACCUUACAUAAGAACAAGUUUAUCUCCAGGCAGUGGGAUGGUUACACAUUACCUCAGUUCAAGUGGAGUAUUACCAUAUCUCAGCAAGCUUGGAUUUGAAAUAGUUGGCUAUGGAUGUUCAACAUGUGUGGGAAAUACAGCACCCUUAUCAGAAGCAGUUUUGAAUGCAGUAAAACAGGGUGACUUGGUUACCUGUGGAAUUUUAUCUGGAAACAAAAAUUUUGAAGGUCGUCUUUGUGAUUGUGUUCGUGCCAGUUAUCUUGCCUCUCCACCCUUAGUGGUAGCUUAUGCUAUAGCAGGCACAGUGAAUAUAGAUUUCCAGACAGAACCUUUAGGUACUGACCCUACUGGCAAGAACAUUUACCUGAAUGAUAUUUGGCCUAGUCGAGAAGAAGUUCAUCGGGUUGAGGAAGAACAUGUUAUACUAUCCAUGUUUAAAGCAUUAAAAGAGAAAAUAGAGAUGGGGAAUAAACGGUGGAAUUCCUUAGAAGCACCGGAUUCAGUUUUGUUUCCUUGGGACUUAAAGUCUACUUAUAUCAGAUGCCCUUCAUUUUUUGAUAAACUCACCAAAGAGCCAGUUGCACUCCAGCCUAUUGAAAAUGCCCAUGUCUUAUUAUAUUUGGGAGACUCUGUCACAACAGAUCAUAUAUCACCUGCAGGAAGUAUCGCUAGGAAUAGUGCUGCUGCUAAGUAUUUGAUGAACAGAGGCCUUACCCCUCGUGAAUUCAACUCUUACGGAGCUCGAAGAGGUAAUGAUGCUGUAAUGACAAGAGGCACUUUUGCAAAUAUCAAGCUUUUUAAUAAGUUUAUUGGAAAACCAGCUCCCAAAACAAUUCAUUUUCCAUCAGGACAGACGCUAGAUGUAUUUGAGGCUGCAGAGCUGUACCAGAAAGAAGGUAUCCCACUGAUUAUUUUAGCAGGAAAGAAAUAUGGUUUCGGAAACUCCAGAGACUGGGCUGCCAAAGGACCAUAUUUACUGGGUGUGAAAGCUGUUUUGGCUGAAAGUUAUGAAAAAAUACACAAAGAUCAUUUGAUUGGAAUUGGCAUAGCUCCACUUCAGUUCCUUCCAGGAGAAAAUGCAGAUUCCUUGGGCCUCUCCGGUAGAGAAACAUUUUCUUUAACAUUUCCUGAAGAACUGGCUCCUGGAAUUACAUUGAAUAUACAGACAAGCACUGGAAAAGUAUUCAGCGUGAUUGCUUCGUUUGAAAAUGAUGUGGAAAUAACAUUAUACAAACAUGGAGGAUUAUUAAACUUUGUGGCACGAAAAUUCUCAUAGUAUCUACUUACCAUGGAUACCUUUCAUAACUGGUAACUGCAAAGCCUUUUGUGCUGGACCCAGGAAUCCUUACCAUGGAGCUGCAGAUAGUCCCAGUAUACUCACUUCUCUCAUCCAUGGAUGUACAUGAUGAUGAAUCAACGUAGUGACUGAAAAGAAAUCUUCUUGAUUUUAAAUAAUUUACGAAUGGUGCUAUUAACAUUGCUAAAAUCAACGUGUGAAGUGUGUUGUGGAAGAGACCUGUAAGUAUGGGGGGGGAUAUUUUAUCAGACCAUUUUGUAAAUAAAGGCAGAAUUCGUGUUGAAGAUUCUUAUAUGAGUAACCUUCCUGGAGUUGUUUAGUUUUGCACCUAUAAAACUGUGUACUACUGUUUGUUGGUUUAAGAGUAGCAGACUGAAAUAUAAGAAGCCAGAUUAGACUCUAAAAUUGUGGUUAUUGGACUCUGAUUUGUAAGUGGACCUUGAAAGUAUAUUAAUUCCUUUUCAGAACUGAGCUGGACAUAUUUGGCAUUCUUAGUUUGUCAUAUACCAGGUUUAUCCUUAGUUACACUGCAAGGGAUAGAACCUGCCCCAAGUCACAAUCAUUCUGUCCAAUCCAGCCAAGGUUCCUUCCACAUAUGAAGAUGGACCAUGGCAAAAUACAGCUGAUUGUGUGGCACCAUGUAUUAGUAGUGGAAAUAUGUAUCACAUAAGAUGCAGCCUUUAAUUUUUCAGCAGUUUGCCACUGUGACUAUCUGGCAAGCCCCCAGAUGGCAUUAUAUUAAUUGGAUUAGAUUAUUUUGCUCACCUAUGUAAUACUGUAACUUCUUACAACCUAGUAUUUUCAGUAUCAUUAACCAAAAUUUCACACUCAUAGUUGCUAAAGAGAAUGUUAUUUAGUCAUUAAACUCUGAACUGGUUUCUUGUAGGCAUUUAAAUAAUCCACCCUUAAUUAUACGGAUGUUCAACCCUAUGCAUUUUUUAAGUGUGGCUAUUUCUUGAUUAUUUAAAUUGAUUUCCUGUCAUUUUGAAUCAUUUAUCACCUGCGAUGCAUGACUCUAUUAAUUUUGUUAUGUUACUGUUUUAACCAAAGCUGACCAUAAGGAUAAAACACUUAAGUUGUUGCUGAGUACCGUAUAUCCUCAAUAUGCAUGUCUGCCCGUCACAUAAAAUGUUCUGUCAACAAGAUGGUUGGCUUUUUUUUUUUUUUUUUAAGACAGUCUUGUUUUGUCACCAGGCGCCAGGCUGGAGUGCAGUGGUGCAAUCUUGGCUCACUGCAGCCUCCAAUUCCGGGUUCAAGCAGUUCUCCUGCAUCAGCCUCCCGAGUAGCUGGGAUUACAGGCGUGAACCACCAUGCCCAGCUAAUUUUUGUAUUUUUUAGUAGAGACGGUGUUUCACCAUGUUGACCAGGAUGGCCUCGAUCUCUUGACCUGGUGAUCCACCUGCCUCAGCCUCCCAAAGUGCUGGGAUUACAGGCAUGAGCCACUGUGCCCAGCUGGCAAUUUUUUUUUUAAAGGUUGGAAAAUUAAUUAUGGAAGGUUCUAUAUACUGUUGUUUUUUUUAAACCUAGCAGGCUAAAGGUUAAUUGUAGUGAUUUGUUUUUCACAUGGAGAUCUUUCUAUGACCUAGUUAAGUUACUGCAAUUCAGAAUUAAUUCACAUUACAUAAAGAAUUACUUCUUUUAAGUAAAUGCUGAAACUACCAAACCAGUGGAUGAAGACCGCUGAGAACUUUGCACAUAAUCAUACAAUCUUUUGAAAAUAUUUUGCAAAUAUGUGUUUAGACAAUAAGAUGGACUAGAAUUUGACAAAAUGAUUUCUUUAUUUAAAUUUUUUAUAAGUAUUUUCUUUGUUACUUUCAAAUUAUAUUGUGUUCUUGAUAUAUGCUGUGUGUGUAUUUGUCAUUGCAUGUGUUUUUAAUUUACAUGAAAACAUGAGUUAGGAGAAAUUACAAGUUGAAUGAUAAAAUACCUGUAUGAGCUCUUAAGAAAUAGUAAUUCCAGAUUGUGUAGGGGAAACAAAUCUAUAUUGUUUUGAAAGCAUACUCUGUACAAGUUAUGGGCAGAAGCACAGGCAUCCUCAGCAGCUGAUUUGGGAGAUGAUGGUAAAGCUAGCUAACUAUGAAUUAAAUAUUCACAUAUCCAGUCUACUUAGUCCAGUAAUAAUACAAGCAAAUCUUUUAUUUCAGGAACAAAUCAAGGUUCUCUUAAUUUUUUGGUUUGUAUACAAGGAGGUAAAAACUUGAUAACAUGGUUUUAAAUUAAGGAGGAGAGUCAUGGAUGUGUGUUUUGAUAUAUUUACCUUAUAAUUCUGCCUCUAGCCAUAUGCUGUGUUUGCAAAAUGUGGCAUCUGUUAGUUUUCAUUGUCUAUAUCUUCUUUGUUGACUAUAUCUGGGUAACUUUGUGUUACCCAAAAAAUAAGAACGCAUAAUGUGAGACACAUAAGAAAAAAAAUCAAUGUUGUGAGCUUAAAGUACAAUUUCAAAGGUCAUUACCAAUGCAGCAUUUUUUAUACUUUAAAAACAUUAUGCUACAUAUAUUGCCAUCUUUAUGUUUUGUUACUCUUAUACAAUGAAAUCAGUGAAAAUGUUCAGCCACUGAACUGCCAUUAUUAUAUCUAAAAAGUUUUUAAGAUGACAGUUGUCACUAUUUUCUCCAUGCUGAUAUUUGAAAGAAGAUGGUGGAAGGUCCUAGAAUCUCUCUAGCCAGAUGGCUCAGUUUUUCCUUGGUAAUCAGACAGCAGUUGUAUUAAAGGAAAGUAAGGCUAAGACCUAAAUCAGAAUCCUAGUUGCCUGCAUAUAUGGUAACAAUGUUGUGUACAUUUGCUUUCUCGGUGAUGAGUGAGAGGAUGAGGAGAAAUUAUUUGACUGACAUUUUCCUGUGGUUGAAUAGAAGACACCUUUCUUUUGUCUUUAGGUUUAGGAGAAGAUACUAAGAUACUGGAUGUUUAUUCUGUCUUAGUCUGAUUGGAGUAAUAAGAGAGAAGAAGAGGAUGGACUUUGGCUUUUUCAGUGUUUUUUGCCCCUAAAGGGUGAUACUGCUGAUGUUUCUAUCAAUUUUACACAUAAUAUGUGGCUAUGAAACCAUAUAUCUCACUUAAGUAACUAAAAAUCAUUGUUUAUUAUUUAAAGCCAACAAAACAGUAUAACAGUUUUAAGUUCAAUAAUGUUAAGUAUUGUAUAGAAAUAAUAUUGGAGGCAAAGUUCAGUUGAUGACAAUUGUGUAUAUGUUACUGAUGCUGUAAAUUAUUUUUAAUAAAGAAAAUUGUAUUAUCA